AUGGAGGCUGUUGAUGAGAUAACAGUCCGCUUGGCUGCAUCUUUGGGGCUGGCAGAAGCCCAAAAACCUGCGGAUCUCCAACCACCACAUGGGGAAGGACUCUGCCGAUCCCAGACAUACCUGCUUAUUAGGGAUCUAUGUGAUUUAGAUUCACUGCCUUGGGUGAUUAUUGGAGACUUCAACGAGAUUCUGAUUAAUGGAGAAAAGUUGAGCGGUCCGACUUGUCCUGAAAGGCAAAUGAAGGGCUUUAGGGAAGCUUUGGGGUAUGCAGAACUGAUUGAUCUAGGGUUUCAAGGGUCCAAGAUGACGUGGUGGAAUUAUGAAACACAGUUGAGGCUUGAUAGAGCUGUUGCUACGAACUCCUGGAGCGAUAUUUUUGGUUUUGCUAGGACUGAGUUUGAGGGGGUACCUAUGUAUACGCUUACUAGGAAGAUUGUAUGUACUAGACAAGCAUUGGAAUCUUGGCAGCAGAACACAUUCAGAAUGAGGCAGCAGCAGAUGUUUGAGGUGCGGAGUAGACUUGAGUUUUUGAUGGGGGAACCGGUUACUGAGUCUUUUACGACAGAAAAGAAGGUUCUGAUGACUUCAUUACAAAGUCUGUUGGCACAAGAAGAGGCAUUUUGGAAGCAGCGGGCCAAGAUAACUUGGCUACAGGAGGGUGAUCGGAACUCGGGUUUUUCCCAUAGGAAAGCUGCAAAUAGGAAACGGAAGAAUUCCUUGUUGGGUCUGUUCAAUGCGAAUGGAGUGUGGCAGGAGGAUGAUGAUGGUUUGGAGAGGCCGAGUGUUACCUCUGAAAUGAACCAGAAACUUUGUGCUCCGUACUCCGAGGAGGAGGUUAAGAUUGCUCUAUUCCAGAUGUAUCCGACCAAGUCACCGGGUCCUGAUGGUAUGCCUCCUCUGUUCUUCCAACAUUAUUGGGAUUCUAUUGGUAGGGAUGUCAUUGUUGCGGUUCAGAGCUUUCUGCAUACUGGCUCUCUAUUGAAACAGAUAAACUUUACACAUAUAUGUUUGAUUCCAAAAGUGAAGCAACCGGAAACAAUGAGUGAUCUUAGGCCUAUUGCACUUUGUAGGUUGAUCACAGACAACACUUUGGUGGCCAAUGAGGUGGCUCAUUAUGUUCAUAAUAAAAGAGAGCGUCAAGAUGGGUAUAUGGCUCUCAAGCUGGAUCUAAGUAAGGCUUACGAUAGAAUGGAAUGGGCCUUCUUACGUAAAGUUUUGUGUGUGUGCUCUGUGAGGUAUUCCUUUCUAGUCAGAGGCAAACCUAGAGGAUAUGUUAUUCCUUCCCGUGGGUUGAGACAAGGGGAUCCACUAUCGCCAUACUUAUUCUUACUUGGGGCUAAAGGUUUCUCGGCUUUACUACAACAAAAGCAGCGCCUGGGUUUACUGCCUGGAAUUGCUAUAUGUCAGGGUGCUCCAUAUGUAAAUCAUUUGCUUUUUGCAAAUGAUAGCAUGCUUUAUGCACAAGCUUCUCCAGCAGCUUGUUUUCAAAUUCAAAAUGUCAUUGAGGUAUAUGGCAGAGCUUCCGGGCAGGUUGUCAAUUUUCAUAAGAGCUCAGUUGUUUUCAGUAAGAAUGUAGGAGGGUCUGUCCAAGAUUCAGUGGCCAAUUUGUUGGGAGUUGAGAUAGUGGAGUCACAUGAGCGUUAUUUGGGAUUACCGACCUAUGUGGGUAGAAAGAAAACUGCUACUUUUGAGUAUAUCAAAGAGAGGCUGGCGGAAAAGAUGAAGCAUUGGCAAGGCAAAUUACUCAGCGGAGCUGGUAAGGAUAUCUUGAUCCGAGUGGUCCCAACUUAUGCUAUGAGUGUUUUUCAGCUUACGAAGAACUUUUGUAAGGAUCUUGAGCAGAUGUGUGCCAGAAGCCUUUCAGAAUUUAAUUUGUCCAUGUUAGCAAAGCAAGCUUGGAGAGUGGUGUCCAAUCCGACAUCAUUGGUAGCACGGUUAUACAAAGCUCGCUACUAUCCUGAAGGUAACUUUUGGACUGCUACUACUCAUGCUUCGCCUUCCUACUCAUGGCGUAGCAUUUUUGCAACGAGGGAUUUUAUCCAGACGAGUUCUUUCUGGCAGAUUAGUGAUGGACAUAUGAAUGAAGAUAAGGUUCGUUCUAUUUUUAUUCCUGAAGAUGCUGAGACUAUUCACUCAAUCCCAUUAAGUACCAGGCAGCAUGAAGAUCGUUUAACCUGGCAAUUGGAGAAAAGAGCAUCUCUGUUAUCUCCUGUUGUGGUGGUUAAUCAAAGAGUUUGGAAAAAGAUAUGGUAUGCCAAAAUGCCAAGUUCAGCUAAAUUUCUAUUUUUUCUAUGGGGUAUAUGGAAAGAAAGAAAUGUUCGGGUUUGGGAGAAGAAGGACACGGCGGCAAGUGUUGUAGCAUUGCUCUCUUCUACUCGAUUGAGUAGUUAUCAGUUCCACAAUUCUAAGUUGAAACGUGGUAUUCCUACAGGUAGAGUUCUUCGAUGGCAGCCUCCUCCUAUAGGUUGGUUGAAAUUGAACUUUGAUGGGGCUUACCAUGGAGAUGAUGGUAGGGCAGCUAUAGGCUUUCUAGUACGGGACUCGAAUGGUACGUUUAUUCAAGCUGUUGGGAAGCCAGUAGCUCAUGUGCGGUCUGCUGAACAUGUUGAACUUGUGGUCAAUAACUCCUCUCUGCUUGGAAGAAUUUAUGAUGAUCUAAAUGAAGAUCUAGAGCUCAUUCCUUGUAUGCGAAUUAUGCAUGUUAGAAGGGAAGCCAAUUCGGCGACCCACCUUUUGGCAGCUCAUGCUAUUGCUAAUGGGCAGGAUUUCUUUUUCUCUUCUGUACCCUCUUUUAUUCAAAAUGUAAUUGCUGCUGACCAGCCUGUACUCAGAGCAAUUGCUCAAUGA